UGGACGACGCUAACGUUCCGGGCCGUCGCGGCCGCCGGACGACACCCGUUCCCCGUUUGGCACAUUCCUUAUCUAUACCGACGCACUGAGGUUCGGUAGCAAGAUCUGACCACACAACUCAGACAAUAAUAGCAGCCUUCAAUAGCAAGCCUUUAAGAUGAAUUCUACGGAGACCAGCCUCGACGUCAACCGGUCCACACCGAUUUAUACAAUCGGUACCAGCUUUAUAACACAAUGGAAACUACAGAAGAUGAGACAGAGAACAUGUUUGACCACCGCUGGGGGGUACCAAGAGUGUCACGGCGAGUACUUAGUGGCCAAUGGAACGAACUAUACUGACAUCUACUACUUCAACAAUACAUUCGAAAAUAUUCUCACCGUUAAUGGCGGUUUGCAACCAGUCUUGCCGCCUUUCCCAUUGUGGUUGGCGGCCAUCUUUGCAACGUGCCUCGUGCUGGUCAUCCUUCUGACAGUCAGCGGUAAUGUGCUGGUACUACUCGCCUUCCUGGUCGACAGGACCAUCCGUCAGCCCAGUAAUUACUUCAUCGCCUCGCUAGCUGCCACCGAUCUGUUAAUUGGUACUUUAUCACUUCCAUUCUACACUGACUACGUUCUAAAGGGCUACUGGCAUUUAGGGCCCCUAUUAUGUGACCUUUGGUUGUCAGUCGACUACACCGUAUGUCUCGUCUCUCAAUACACAGUUCUACUUAUAACUGUAGAUAGAUUCUGCAGCGUGAAAAUAGCAGCGCGGUAUAGAGCCUGGCGAACGAAAAAUAGAGUUAUCUGGAUGGUAACCGUAACAUGGAUCAUCCCAGCUUUACUAUUCUUUACGACAAUAUUCGGAUGGGAACAUUUUGUUGGAUACAGAGAUUUACAAGAAGGCGAAUGUGCCGUACAGUUUUUAAAAGACCCGAUAUUCAAUACAGCUUUAAUCAUAGGCUAUUAUUGGACUACGCUGUUCGUUUUGAUUGUACUUUAUGCUGGAAUUUUUAAAACAGCGUACGAUAUGCAAAAGAAGAGUGAAGCAAAACAAAGAAAGAUGCAGUCCAUGGUUGCACUAAGUGCUGGAGUUAUGACAGGAAUGGCUGGUCGAGCUGCCGGCAUGGCAGCCUUAUCAAAAGCUACUAUAUCCAGUGAGGAUCAAAUGAAAGUAUCUGAGGCGAUGCGGAAAGACUCCACGUCAAAAGGGUCUCUAGCAGCUCCGUUGCUUAAUCUUGGUGGAUCCAGUGACUCCAAUUCAAGCCAGAAGUCUUCAGCUCACAAAAGUAGUGCUACUGUAACUGGUACUUCUACUACAGCUGAAUCUGAUGGAGAUAAGAAAGAAGAUCAGGUAGAAGCAGAAAGAUCAAGCAGUCCGGCUUUUGAUUCAGAUGAAGAAAGUACUACACAAACAAAUGUCAAGAAACGGCCGUCAGUGGCAAACUUAGUGAUGCAAACAGGUGCUAUUCAACUUUUGAAUAACAUGCGUCUCAACGGCGGUAUGAUGCUCAAAACUGAUAUGAAACAGUCACCGAUACUGAAACAUGAGCUUGAGAAGCCAAAAUCAUCCUUAUCACAGAUAUCAGAGAAGAGUUUGCUUGACACUGACAACCCUGAUACAUCGCAGGGCACCGACAAUAUUCCUAUACCAAAUGUGCCAUUGUCUACCGCUAGUCUUAUGUCUCCGUUAUCUUCUGGUAUAACAACACCGUCCGAACAAAGAGAAGUAUCGACCACAAUUGCUCAAAGAAUCAUUCCACCCCCAACAGAAUUCAGGUGUAGUCCUCCAGUUUCUGAAAGCCCUCCAUCACAUUCAGAAUCAUCUCGCACUAGGACUGUAAGACUUAUGAAAGGUGAUGGUACGUCGUACGACAUGCUUGUAGGUAUGGAUGGAGCAGACUUGAGAUACAUGGAUGAGAGUUCUGUGAAUGUACCGUCACCCACAUACGAGAGCCCACCCUCGUCUGUCACAUUCCCCACCGCGACUGCGACUGAACCAUCAUCUCCACCUACAUUAAAUUCAGGUAACGAAACUAACAAGUCUUUAUUACAAGCAGCCCUAAUACGAGCGACCGCAGAAGCUCAAGUAACGCAGCCUAAAACGAAUUUCUCCCCGCCUCCUCCAAUCAAAGUGAAUACCGAGGUGAGUUUAACUACAGGGGAACGUUCCAAGCCUGUCAUUACUCUUGUAUCGUCGUCUUCCAACAACAAUGAACCUCAACCCCCAAAGCCGGUUGAGGCAAAAAUGUCUCCAUUGAAACUCAAUCCCGCAAUAAGUCCAGCGGUCGAAAAUAGUGAUAUAUCAAGUACCGUGGUAACUGGGUCAGGCCGCGGCGACUCCAAGAAAGAGUUUGUAAAAAACAUAGGAAAAAAAUUAAAAGUUAAACGUUCAAAGCGAGACGGUCUGUUUCCGAGCAUUGGUCGGCAGAAAUCGAAAUCGGAAAACCGAGCGAGGAAAGCUUUUAGAACUAUAUCGUUCAUAUUAGGCGCGUUUGUCGUUUGUUGGACUCCAUAUCACAUACUGGCACUAGUGGAGGGUUUCUGCACAGACCCGCCGUGCAUUAAUAAACAUCUGUACAUGUUCUCGUACUUCCUGUGCUACGCGAACAGUCCUAUAAACCCGUUCUGCUACGCGCUCGCCAACCAGCAGUUCAAGAAGACUUUCACGAGACUCCUCCGGGGGGACUUCCACAUCACCUAGUCCAUGUAUGUCGGUCACCGACACGCGUAAACCGGAGAAACUGACCGAAUAUCCGAUGCAAAUGUUUUACGCACAACUUUCAUUGAAAGAUGAUUAUAUUAAUAAGACAAUACCAAAUUUAUGACUUUGUUGGAAGCUUUCAUUGUAUAGACAUGGGGUCGUGUAGCGUAUGUGUACUAAAUGUAUAGUGGUUUCAGCUUUAUAAAAGCAAAUCUUUAUUAAAUGUAAAUAGUAAUAGAUAAUACGUAUAUUUUUAAUUUUAUUUCUUCAAAUGUUCAGAACUGACAAUAAAUUGUUAGAUCGUGUAUAUAAUGGUGAAUUUAAAGUCUCUUCGUAUUUCUAAUUAAUGUCAUAGUUAAUUACUAUAAUGCUAGUUUAGUGUGAUAGAGGCUUCAAGUAAUGUCGAAGACAUUGUGGUAA